CGGGAAAAAAUACGCAAACAACCCCCAGCUGCAGGCAGUUGGCGCAUCUGCUGCUUGCUCGAAGGCACCGGUCAGACAGUAGAAGGCGAGCAGCCAACCGGGACCUGCUUCCAUUUUUCCUGACACUUGGCUUUUGAAACAGAGGGGCCCAAGCCGGGAAAAGUAGGAUGGGGGCCGGAGCUAGCGCUGAGGAGAAACGCUCCAGAGAGCUGGAGAAGAAGCUGAAGGAGGAUGCAGACAAGGAUGCAAGAACCGUCAAGCUGCUGCUACUAGGGGCUGGAGAAUCAGGCAAGAGCACCAUUGUCAAACAGAUGAAAAUUAUCCAUAAAGAUGGUUACUCGCUUGAAGAAUGCUUGGAGUUCGUCACCAUCAUCUACAGCAACACCCUGCAGUCCAUCAUGGCCAUUGUGAAGGCCAUGAACACACUCAACAUUAACUACGGCCACCCUGAUCAGCAGGAUGAUGCCAGGAAACUGAUGCAUCUUGCAGACACCAUUGAGGAAGGAACCAUGCCCAAAGAACUGUCAGACAUCAUUCUGCGUCUGUGGAAGGAUUCUGGCAUCCAGGCGUGUUUCGACAGGGCUUCGGAGUACCAACUGAACGACUCAGCUGGAUACUACCUUAAUGACCUGGAGCGACUGGUCCAACCAGGCUAUGUGCCCACUGAGCAGGAUGUGCUGCGAUCAAGAGUGAAAACCACCGGUAUCAUUGAGACCCAGUUCUCCUUCAAAGAUCUUAACUUCAGAAUGUUUGAUGUGGGCGGCCAGAGGUCAGAGAGGAAGAAGUGGAUUCAUUGUUUCGAAGGCGUUACCUGUAUCAUCUUCAUCGCUGCUUUGAGCGCCUAUGACAUGGUGUUGGUGGAGGAUGACGAAGUGAAUCGAAUGCACGAGAGUCUGCACUUGUUCAACAGUAUCUGCAACCACCGCUACUUUGCCGCCACCUCCAUUGUACUCUUCCUCAACAAGAAGGACGUGUUCACUGAGAAGAUCAAGAAAGCUCAUCUCAGCAUGUGCUUCCCUGAUUAUGAUGGUCCCAAUACUUAUGAGGAUGCUGGUAACUAUAUCAAAAUGCAGUUCCUGGACCUGAACUUGCGCAGAGACAUAAAAGAAAUCUACUCACACAUGACCUGCGCCACAGACACAGAAAACGUGAAGUUUGUGUUUGACGCUGUAACCGACAUCAUCAUCAAAGAAAACCUGAAAGACUGUGGUCUCUUCUAACAGCCGAGCAGGGAAACCAAAUGACGGGUAGUUUCUCAGCCUGUCACAUUCCUCAGAUUCCUCCUCAAUUCAAACAGGGGAAUGAAGAUGGAAACUGUCCCAUCAAAGAGCCAUCCUCAAACCAGUGAAUGCAAAACAAAAACAAAAAUUUUAUUUGCUGUGUAAAAAACUAAACUUGUAGCUUUGACCAAAGACUCCUUGUCAUUGAGGCAUAAAAAUAAUCCUGUGCAGAUUUUAAGAUGAGUUGAAUUUUUUUUGUCAAACUUUCCUCUUGAACUCAUCUUUGGAGGGCAAUGUAAUCUCUAGCUGUUGUCUGCAUAAACUGAUUUCCUUUCAGAUGUACUCAUAUGAAUAGAUGCAGUGUCUCUGAGCUCAAGUACACAGGCAGCAUACUAUCAAAGGGCUAACAAGAUGGUCUCACCACCUGCAUAUGCACUUCAGCAUCAGUUAGACUUUAAGAUGAAAUGUCACUAGAAAAGGCUUUUUCUAAAGACACAACACAGCACAAUGUGUUACACGAGAAGGUCAUAAAUUUAACUUCUGAGGGAUGCGUUAGAUUUUUGUUUUGUUUUAUUGCAGUAGUUGAAAAGGGCCAUUGUAUAUAAAUAAUCAGAUUUCUAUUGAUGUGUUGUCAUACCGUGUUAAUCAAUAAACUGUUAAGUUAGACAUUAAUUUAACUCCAAUUUGAAACUCCCAGUCAAAAACCCUUUGAGUGAACCCAUCUGUAUGAAAUCCAGAGAAAAAAGAUUUACACAUUUGAUUAAACUUAAUAAAGCUUCCGUAGAAAACUCA